AUGCCGUCCGUUUUGAGCAGGGGACAUCCCAUCCUAAGGCAAGGGCACCCCAGUGAGAGCUCAAGAACAGGUUUGGUAAAUCGCGGGAGGGGACGCGGAGGAGGCGUUCCCGCCCGGUUGCUUCCUGGGACCGGUGCAGGAGAAUUUAUGGUUACCGUACAUGGAUUCGAUUUGCUCGAUGAGGAGAGACCAAGCAAACACUAG